AUGAACAAUUCGAGCUUGUUUACCAGUAGAGAGAGAGAGGGAGAGAGAGAGAGAGGGAGGACAGCUCUCGGCUUGCCUGUGGUGACAGAGCGCGCAAAAGCGAGUGAAGCAGAGGAGAGGAAUAGAGGAGGGCAGGAACUGUUAGAGUGUGGGCGAGAGAGGUUCACAGUGACAGAGGGAUCAGAGAGGGAGAGAGAGAGAGCAACCAGCAGGAAAGGGAAAAUAACGAAGGAAAAAGAAAACAAAAAGCACAGGAUGUAGAAGAGGGAAAAAACUGGCUCGAUACACCACCGGUCGCCUGCACUGGAUAAACCCUGGAAAGCCAGCAGGAGAGACACGCCGGGAGUAAUUGUGCAUGGUGUGCGUGUGUGAGUGUGUGUGUGUGUGUGUGUGUGUGUGUGUGUGUGUGCGUGCGUGUGUGUGUGUAUGAAAUCGUCCAGAUGUGUGCGCGAUGUUCAAGUGACAGAGCCCUAGCUAAUCCCGAGAGCGAGAGCGAAUGCUGUUGAUUAUGCGCUGCUGGAGUCGUCUGGUCAUCAUGGCUGGCAGAUUACAGCAGAUGAAGGGGAUGAGCGUGUGCCGUGUGCGUGUAGCGUGUGCAUGUAGCGUGUGCUGUGACAGCAGGCUAGGAGGAAUGCCCCCAGUCACCGUGCACACGUGCUGAGGGUCCCCAGGGAGCAGAAGGGCAUUGUGGGCCGUGUAGGUGAGGACAGAGGAGGUGUAGUGGCUUCUGAGGGCAAGACAGUGGGAGGUGCUCAGGUCCCGCCUUCCACAAGCGUUCAUCACCACAGAGCGAGCACGGUGCCUGGUUUGGACAGGCCGGGUGGGUCACGAAGAAACAUGGGAGCUCGGGGCAUCUCCAUCCUGAGGAGCUGGUGGUAGGACCAGGCUGUUCUAACUCUGCCCUCUGUACCAUUCUAACUCCACCCUGACUCUGCUUUGACUCCGGCCUGACUCUGACCAUCGUGACCCUGUGGUCUGAGUGGAGCCCCGGCGUGGACUGUGACGUGGACGCGUGCUUCCCGGACGUCUCCAGCGGACAGCCAUGGGGGAGUGGACCAUCCUGGAACGUCUCCUAGAGGCUGCUGUCCAGCAGCACUCCACUAUGAUUGGAAGGAUCCUACUGACAGUGGUGGUGAUCUUCCGGAUUCUGAUUGUAGCUAUUGUGGGUGAAACUGUGUACGAGGAUGAGCAGACCAUGUUCAUAUGUAACACCCUGCAGCCGGGCUGCAACCAGGCGUGCUACGACAAGGCCUUCCCCAUCUCGCACAUACGCUACUGGGUGUUCCAGAUCAUUCUGGUGUGCACACCCAGCCUGUGCUUCAUUACCUACUCCGUGCACCAGUCUGCAAAGCAGCGGGACCGACGCUACUCCUUCCUCUACCCCUUGGUGGAGAAGGAGCACAACCGCGACAGCGUCCGCAAAGUCCGCCACAUCAAUGGUCUCCUGCUACAGCAGCCUGAUAGCAGCGGCGGGGGGAAGGAUGAGCCAGAGUGCCUGGAGGUGAAGGAGAUCCCCAACGCGCUGCGCGGCCUCACUCAUAGCAAGAACGCCAAGACGCGGCAGCAGGAGGGCAUCUCACGCUUCUACAUAAUCCAGGUGGUGUUCCGGAACGCACUGGAGAUCGGCUUCCUGGCUGGCCAGUACUUCCUGUACGGCUUCAGCGUGCAGGGCAUCUUCGAGUGCGACCGUUAUCCCUGCCUGAAGGAGGUGGAGUGCUACGUGUCACGGCCCACGGAGAAGACCGUCUUCCUGGUGUUCAUGUUUGCCGUGAGCGGCAUCUGCGUGGUGCUCAACCUGGCUGAGCUCAACCACCUGGGCUGGAGGAAGAUCAAGACAGCCAUCCGUGGCGUGCAGGCGCGCAGGAAGUCCAUCGGCGAGAUCCGCAAGAAGGACGUGGCUCAUCUCCCACAGCCACCCAACAUGGGCAGGACCCAAUCCAGUGAAUCAGCUUACGUCUGACCCCCCCCACCCCCCCCCCACCCCAG